UAGCGAACGAAAGCGAUGCAAAAGCUUACAGAUGCUUUGGGUCUUUCCCUAACCGUGCUGAUUUGCUGCGGAGGAUUACUACAAGCUGCGCCAUAUCCUCCCGAAAUGCCUAGCAACCCUGUAUACUACAAACGUUUCCAUCGUAACCGUCCCAGUAGCCAUCGAGAUAUGGACGUGUACGAAGUCCGAGAGCUUUACUAUUUGCAACGCUCUACACCUAAGCCGAAGAUACGACAACUGACCGAUGUAGAAAUAGACCAACUUAUACUAUGCGACUUUGAGCCAACGUUGCCUAUGUGCACGAAAUUGAUCAACAUGUCAAGCACCAGCAAAACCUCAACCUCGUCCUCAACAACGACAACUACAACAGAGGUCACAAGCACAAUUCCCACCACUAUUGCCAUCACCAGCACAGAUCUACCAUUGCUGCCAAUGUUACCGACAGUAUCAAAUGAUUUCCUUGAGGUGAUUGAAACAACAACAACAUCGCCAGAGGAUGAAGAUUAUCAGAUGGAGCCUGACAAUGGCAGCGAUGAUUUCGAAACGAACGAUGAUGAGAAUACCGGCGAUGACAUUGAUGAGCCUGUUGAGGCAGAAGACUACUUAACCUCUGGCGGCAGCAUCGGAGGCAACGAUCUGACUAAGUAGAAUAAGCUCCAGAUGCACUAUUGGCAAAUCCGCUAGAUAAGCUUAAUAAAGGCUAGAUGAAAA